UCCGGUUUAGUUCACGUUGUCACGGUUGGUGAUUGACAGAACGGGUAAACUUCUUCUGGGACGUUCACGAUAUUUUUUCUCUACUUAACGGAGGAGGAAGGACCUAACUUUGACAAUGGCAAGAGCUGGACCAAUGUUAUUCCGUUUGCUGGGAAAUAGAAAUGUCUUUCUUUCAUUUGGACGCUUGAGCUCGGUGAAGGUGACACAAGACUUUCAUACAGGACCAGCUCUUCAUAAGAGCCAGGCCAUUCAAAAGCUUGGCAGUCAGAACAAUAGCAAGCAAGAAAAGCAAUAUGAAGAACAACAGAAAAGGAAUGCAGAUGCUGGAGAAUUAACAGAAUUGGUGAGAGACUUCUUACAGCCUGACGAGUUCUACAAGUCAUGCCUCAACAUUGGCGUUGACUUUUUCUGUGGUGUGCCAGACUCACUCCUGAAAGAUUUUUGUGCAUAUGUAACACAAAAUGCACCCAAAGAAAAACAUGUUAUUGCUGCAAGCGAGGGUAAUGCAGUAGCCAUAGCAACAGGUUAUCACCUAGCAACUGGUAAACAUCCAAUGGUGUACCUGCAGAACUCUGGCUUAGGCAACAUUAUCAACCCUAUAAUGUCGUUGACCUCGCCAUCUGUGUACAGUGUACCAAUGAUACUGCUGAUCGGUUGGAGAGGGGAACCAGGCAAGCGCGAUGAACCACAGCAUCUUGUUCAAGGGCAGGCAACUCCUGGACUGCUUGCUGCCCUAGGAAUUCCAUUUCAGCCACUUCCUGACUAUGAAGAAGGUGCUGAUCAGGCUUUGUUGACUGCGAAACAUUAUAUGGAAAAGUCAAAUGCUCCCUAUGCUUUCCUUGUAAAAAGACAGACAUUUGCUCCAUACAAAUUAAAGAAGGGUCCCGCACCAGAGGAAUUCGUAAUGACAAGAGAAGAUGCCAUGAAAGUUGUGAUUGACAAUUUGAGCCAGAAAGAUGUCGUGGUCAGUGCUACUGGGAUGUUGUCUAGAGAGCUGUUUGAGUACAGAGUUUCCAAAGACAUGGGCCAUGAGAAGGACUUUUUAACUGUGGGCUCAAUGGGACACACAUCCUCAAUAGCCCUUGGGGUGGCCAUGCAGAAGCCCAAGAGACAGAUCUUUUGUCUGGACGGGGAUGGUUCAGUUAUUAUGCACAUGGGUGCCAUGGCAACUGUGGGCCAGUCCAGUCUGGACAAUUUCAAACAUAUAGUCAUCAACAACGGAGCCCAUGAUUCAGUUGGAGGCCAGCCAACAGAUGCUGGAAACCAUGAAGAUUUCUCUUUCUCUAAAAUUGCUCAAGGUUGUGGAUACAAAACGACAAUGGUAGCUGUUACUCCAGAGGAGGUUGCCCAGUGUGUGCUAGACAUGCGGGGAAUGGAAGGACCAGUUCUUCUAGAAAUCAAAACACUAAUGGGCAGUCGUAAAAAUCUGGGCAGGCCCACACGAACCCCAAUAGAAAACAAGGAGGACUUCAUGCAUUUCUUGGCCAUCAAUUAAUUUCAUCAACUACUAACAUGAAAAUUUUUAAUGAUUGCAUAAACUCCUACAGGGUUUUAUUAAUACAUUAUUUAGAUUUACUGCUGGAAUCUCCUUAUCAGUCUUUCAAAAAAAUUGAAGUAUUAUUUCUGAGGUAGAAAUAUUUGUUUUCUAAUCCAGUUCAUUCUCGAAGUAGUGUAAUUGUGUUUGUAUAUAUACCUGUAAUAUAAAGUUUACCAGUAGAUCUGUUACCUUGCACCAUUUAUUUGUUGAAUCCAUUGUUGUUUUAGAUACAUUUUCCUUUGUUACUGUCCUUUAGAACCUAUUUUUAUCAUUGUCCUAAACCCAAGGCUAACAUUGCAUACACUUUUUUGAUCUUGUGCUUAUUGACCAUGUAGGGCAGAGUUGUCCUGCAGCCAGUAAAUGUGCAAUACUAGCUGUGGGUUUCAGAUGAUGCUGUUUUAUUUAUUUACACUAUCAUAUAGUUGUGUAUUGGUAUUCAUACAUCAUGUACUACUUGAAAAGUUAUAACUCUCUGUGAAUGAAUCAUUUUAUAAUUGUACACAAAAGAUGGACAUUUGUAAGUUCUUACAUGAAUACGUUUUAUUUAAUGUCUGGGAGUCUGAUGUUUUUGUGAAAGAUCAUUUUUCUUUUGUUUUUGUUUUGUUCAGUUGCAUGUACUGGUAGAUGUCUUUGUAUUACAAAUACAAGGUGUACCUAUAAGAAAUUGACCGUAUGGAAUUUGUCUCUUAAAGGGAAAUGGAACCUCCCAUUUCACAUUAAAUACCCGGUACUUAAUAUGUAGAAUUAUUUCAUGACUUAUCGAUAUUAGGGGUAAGGGGAAUGGAGUGAAGUAUUUGUUAAGGUUUUGAUUUUUAUGUGGCCCUUCAGAAUGUGGUAUGUUGUGGUUUUAUUUAAUGAACUGUAAAAUCAGGUUAAAAUUGAUUUGAAAUGAAUGAUGUGAAUUUGUGUGAAGAGAUCAUGUAAAAGGCAGCUAAACAUGGUUUCAAAGGCUGUGGACAUUUUACAAUCAAUUGACUUUCAUCUGUGUUCCAAAUAAACUAUCCAAGUGAUAGUUAAUUAUUCAUGUACAUUGCACAUGGGUUUAGAUAUUAGGUUGAAUAACAGUAUGUGAUUUUUUAUGAGGGCUCAUUUUACCCCGGUAUUUCAUUUAAACCAUUUUUCUUUGUAAGGUUUUUACUAUCUUUAAAUUAGCUUAAGUUACAAGAAAAUAAAGACUAAAAUAUC